AUGCCUGAGAAGAAAGUUCUGCUUGAAGUUGCAAGCACGAUGUCUGAUCAGGAUGUGCCUGAGCAGGAACUUCCUGAUGCUGACUGUGACCUUCCAGUGUAUGGGCCAGAGCCACCGGUGACACCGGCAAGAGCAACCCUGGCGCCAGCCAUGCCUGAGGAGACUGCGGCAGCUGCCAAGGAGACGCCGCCGAAGCCUGGCAAGACUCAGCAGAAAGAUGGCAACUCCAACGGUCGUGGUGGAGACAAAAAGGCUCGGUGUAAGCGAGGUGAAGCAGGCACGUUUGCCGGAAGGCGCCCGCCCAAAAAUGAGGAGAAGCUGAAGGUCUUCAACCAGUUGAAGGAAGAGUUCAACAAGGCCAAGAAAGACUCCAAGGAUCAACUGAAGGUCAAGAGCAAGUCUGGCGGGGACUCCACUGCCAACCAGCAAGAAUUCUGGACCUUUGUGCAGAAGCACAUGAAGGAGCAGAAGGCUGGCACAACGCAGAACCGACUAUCUGCAGCUGCAGCAGCUUGGAGGGCUCAGAAGCUGGCUGGGGAAAAGGGGGACACCAAGAAAAAGGCUUGCUGA